UUUUUCAUCGAUUACAUGCUUCAUUUUGAGAACGACGUGUGGCUGUGGCCGGCAUCUCUUGCAGCUCCUGGUGACAUCCUGGAAGCACCCGGAGAACCGCGGAUAUCAACGCGGCGAGGAUGCUUCGUCACCGGCGGCAAGUGUGAAGAGAUGGCGGGGGAACCGCCGGCGGGCACCGGCCGAGUGGUUCUUGUCAAGAAGAUCAUCAUGAAGGACGGAGCCGCGCUUCAACAGGGUAUAGGCCGACCCAGCGUGUACCAUGCCGUCGUGGUCAUCUUCCUGGAGUUCUUCGCCUGGGGUUUGCUGACCACACCCAUGCUCACGGUGUUACAUGAAACGUUUCCACAGCACACGUUCCUGAUGAAUGGACUCAUUCAAGGAGUGAAGGGUCUUUUGUCGUUCAUGUCUGCCCCUCUGAUCGGUGCGUUGUCGGACGUGUGGGGGAGGCGCUCAUUCCUUUUGGUCACCGUCUUCUUCACCUGCGCUCCGAUCCCCCUCAUGAGACUCAGCCCCUGGUGGUACUUCGCCAUGAUCUCCAUGUCCGGAGCGUUCUCGGUCACCUUCUCUGUCAUCUUUGCCUACGUCGCAGAUGUGACCGAUGAAAGGGAGAGGAGUACGGCUUACGGUCUGGUGUCCGCCACGUUCGCCGCGAGCCUGGUGACCAGCCCGGCCAUCGGGGCCUAUUUGUCCGCAUGGUACGGAGACAACCUGGUGGUUCUGGUGGCGACGCUGAUCGCCCUGGUCGACAUCUGCUUCAUCCUGCUCGCCGUGCCCGAGUCUCUGCCGGACAAGAUGAGGCUCAACACCUGGGGGGCGCCCAUAUCCUGGGAGCAAGCCGAUCCCUUCGCUUCUCUGAGGAAGGUGGGUCAGGACCCCACAGUCCUACUCAUUUGUAUCACAGUGUUCCUGUCAUACUUACCCGAGGCGGGACAGUACUCCAGCUUCUUCCUCUACCUGCGACAGGUCGUCAAUUUCUCCUCGACAACGAUUGCUGUUUUUAUCGGAGUUGUGGGAAUCCUGUCCAUUGUGGCUCAGACGCUUGUCCUCACACUGAUGAUGCGGACUCUGGGUAAUAAAAACACUGUUCUGUUGGGUCUGGGCUUCCAGAUUCUUCAACUGGCCUGGUAUGGCCUUGGAUCAGAGCCUUGGAUGAUGUGGGCAGCCGGCGCCGUGGCCGCCAUGUCCUCCAUAACCUUCCCCGCGGUCUCCGCUCUGGUGUCGCAGUCUGCCGAUCCCGAUAAACAAGGUGUGGCUCAGGGAAUGAUCACGGGGAUCCGAGGUCUGUGCAACGGUUUAGGUCCAGCGCUGUAUGGAUUCAUCUUCUUCCUCUUCAAUGUGGAGCUGAACACCAUGGACCCCAUCCAGGGAGACUUUGACCCUUUGCCCCUUCACAGUCCCACUGAGCAAACGCUCAUCCCCGGCCCACCUUUCCUUUUGGGGGCAUGUACGGUUGUCGUCGCCUUCCUGGUGGCUCUCUUCAUCCCGGAGAAGCCCCCCUGCGCCUCGUCGUCACCUCAGCUGCCGCUGAGCGACAAGCCGCGGCCAGCGAGCGACGAGUCGCUUUCCUCGCUGGCGGGCAUCCAUAUUAACACGCCUCUGCCGGGCAGCGACGAAGAAACUCCCGCCGCCGCCACCAGCGAUGAAGAUUUUGAGCCCCUGCUGCAGGACAGUAUUGUUUGACGGACCAGCGCAAAGAACCACCGCGUGCGGGAUUCAACGUCGUCCUUUGGUCCAUUGGCAUUUUGUUCAAAAGAAGAGCGCCUUCCCAUUGCUGUCGGGUGAGUCCAAAUUUACAGUACCUCAUAUUGUCUGACGUUUGACAGUAAAAGGCGCGUUGAUGCUUCGCCACGCCGCUCGCUGA